AUGUCUUUGCUGGAGGAGGUAUGCAUACAGGGUAUCAGGAGCUUUGGGCCUGAAAAUCCACAGAGGAUCAAGUUCUCAACCCCCGUUACUCUAAUUUUGGGUCCCAAUGGCACGGGAAAGACGAUCUGUACUUAUCGGAUCCAGACAAUUAUUGAGUGCCUCAGGUAUGCAGUUACUGGAGAAUUGCCACCUGGUUCAAAAACUGGUGCAUCAUUUAUUCACGACCCAAAAUUGGCACACUCGGCUGAGGUUAAAGCCAAAGUAGCGCUCAAAUUAAGAGACGUUAAAAACUGCCCUCUCGUUGUUGCUCGCAGUCUGGUCGCUACCCAACGUGGAACGGCUAAACAGCCGAGCCUGAAGACUUUGGAUGGGACCAUUAAAAGACUGUCUCCAACAGGUGAUGUGGUCAGCCAUAGCUAUCGUUGCGGCGAGAUCGAUAGGGAGGUAACUUUUACUUCAUUAUUGAAAAAAAUGCGUGCUUAUAAUGCUCUGGGGGCAUGCAAGGCUGUUUUCGAUAAUGUAAUAUUCUGCCAUCAGGAGGAAUCAAAUUGGCCCUUACACGAGGCAAAAGCUGUGAAAGAGCGGUUUGAUGAUCUCUUUGCUUCUUCUCGUUACGUCAAGGCUCUCGAUGCCAUCCGAAAGAGACAAAUGCGAAAAUUUAUCGAGACAAAGUGUCAGAGAAUUGAUACGAAACGGGCUCUAGAUGAGCAAAAACAAAUUCUCUCGAAAGUCGAUGAGGAACUAGAUCCGGUGAAUACCCAGCUAACUUUGUACCGGAAGAAGUACAAGGAAUUGGUCCAGUACCAAGCAGAUGCACGCGCAUGUGCUGUCGAGAAAACACGUUUGGAGGCAAUACUCCGAGAUUUAACAGAACAAAUCACCUCGGAGUUUGAGGGAACGGAUGAGGAGUUGAAGGAUGCAAUCGAGCAGGCUGACGAACGUUUAGAUGAGAAGCAUCUAUCCUUCGCAGCAGCUGAACGGGAUCUGCGUCAGCUUCAAACAUCAAUUCAUACCAACGAAAAAAAUAGGUCAGACCUAAUCGUUCAGAGAACGCAGUUGGAUAUAGAAGUAAAGCGACAAGAGGAGGCUCUGAAGAGACGAAAUGAGAUUUUGGGAGAGCUGUGUGUUAAGUUUAAUAUCCACGAAGUCACCAAGAAACUAUCCAACACUGACAAUAUGGCUGAUGCCGAUGUUGAAACCGUGCGAAAGUAUUUGGAGGCUGCCCUGCAGAGGGCUGAGUCCCAAAUGGAGACGACAAAGUUAUCUGUAGAAUCCGAUAGCAGAAGGGCUCAGAAGGUCAUUGAUGAGGCGCGCUCGGCUUUGGUCCGUGUUGAGCAGUCUAUCGCUAGUCAAGAAUCAGCCUUGGCAGAUAAUGUAAAGGAGAUGGCGGAGGUUGAACUCAAGCUACGACAGGCUAAGUCCGCAGGCGGUGAAUUAGAGAGAAUUAACAACAAAUUGGCCAAAGCUGUGGAAACCCGUGAAUUGUUGGAGUCCUCCAGGGAUGAAGCUCAAAUAAGAAAGUCAAUAGAGGGAACACAGGCCGAGCUUAGUUCCUGUGAAAGUCAAAUAACAAAUCUAGACAAUCAAAUUGUCGAGGCGCAAAAAAGUGCAAUGGCAAACCACGAACGCUCCAUGUUAGAAAGUAGCAAGAAAGCCGCCAUUGAAACGGCCAAGAAGCUUCGAAAUCGUAAUUUGGAUCUACUGGAGCAAAUUUUUACCGGCGAACCCAUUCCUCCAGUCCGCGUUGAUGGAAGUCAGACCUCGAAUAGCCUCACAAAGGCAUUUAACAAGCGAUUCGAUGAAUUGGCACGUUCCUCUAAGGCCACCCAACAGAAUCUUAACAUGUUACACCGGGAUCUCUCCAAAAUGGAAACAGUAAUGUCAUUUCAAAGGUGCUUUUGGGCAGCUACGAUACUUGGCUCUCGUGAUUUGAUCUCACUCGGCGUUUGCUUUCCUAGGAAACAGCUGCAUGAGAAGGAGGACACUUUAAGGGUGAUGGAAGAACGUCUCAUCUCCGCUUGUGGCAGCGUAGAUUUGGAGCACAAAUUAGACAAUUUGAUGUCAAGGAAAAAACAACUCGAACGUGACUGUGAGAUUGAAGAAGGGGGCUUGCACCUGUGGAAGAAGUUUCGAGAUCGCCUCGUCAAUGAGUCAGUAUGCCCUCUGUGUCACCGAGGCUUUGAAAAUGAGCAGGAUCACCAGGAUUUAGAGGAAGAGAUCGAGAAACGCAUUGCCACCAUGCCUCGCGAUUUGGACACUAAAAGAAAGGAGCUUCAAGAGAUGAUUAUCCAGUACGAGACAUUCAUUCAGUUGAAACCAGAGAUAAAUAAAUUUGCCAAAUUACGUGGAACUGAACUGCCUGAGCUGAAAGCCGAAGUUCAAACUACUCAGUCGAGCCUUGAGAAGCUGCAAAAUGAAAUAGCAAAUGAAACAUCAAAACUGGAAGUUAUUCAAGCCGAUGAGUCAGUUGCAAGAUCGUUGCAAGGUGACAUGGCCGUCAUCGAAAAAACUGAGAAAGAGAUUGCUAAUUUGAAUCGCUCUCUGACCUCUCUUACGCCUGUGGAUGAAAAUACAACAUUGAGACCUGUUGCAGAACUUCAAGAAGAACGGGAUUCGUUGCGUGCCAAAUGCAAUCUCCUUUCAACAGCUAUUAAUGAUUAUCGCAAGAAACUGGAUCAGGACUUAGCGAAACGUCAGAAGGCAACAGAUGAAGAGAAUGAAUUGAGGAGUGCCCUUCUCAAGCUGGAAAAGGAGUUCCAAGCAGUGACCAGUCUGAACACAGAGCUUGAGCGCUUGACGUCCGUGGGAACUCGUAUCACUGGUAAACUGGAGGAUCUGAGUGGACAGCUGCCAAUUUGUAAAGCAGCGCUCCUUACGGCCGAGAAUGAUAAACAGAGGGUGACUAAGGAGGGGAGUGACAAAGUGGCGAUUGCGUCAGCCGAGUGGCAAGAAUGGCGGGACCGAAGUCGUCAGGUCAAGGAGGCGUGUGAUACGGCAGUGUUAAAAGUUGACGAUGCAGAAUCCCCGAGAGACCAUUUGAAGCGUGUCACAGCGGAACUUGCAGAAUUGGAUGCGACCACCGAAGCUCUCAAGUCUGCUGUCGUAACUACCUCUAAGCGUGUCGAAGAUCUCCGUACUGAAAUCGCUAACCAUAAGGUUGUCCAGCGUGAACUUGGGGAUUGUGUGCGGUUGCGGGAAACCCGUGGUCAUCUGUCUUUGCUCAACGAACGUGUCCAGGACAUCCAGCGGCAAAUAGAUGUUUGCCAAUCCGGCAUCUCUGAGUCGGUAGAUCUCGAAGAUCACAUCAAUAAUCUCUCAAAUGAGGAGGAAAGGCUUCGCAGCCAGAAACAGGCCAUCAACGACAAAGUCAUGCAGCUGCAAACUGAACUACAAAUGCUGGAACGUAGCUUGGCUGAGAAAUAUGCAGACGCUGAAGCUGAAUACAUAAAGAAGAUGUAUGAACUGAGGACGACAGAAAUGGUGGCCACGGAUCUUCAGCGCUACUAUAAAGCUCUUGAUGGAGCAAUUAUUGCAUACCAUGCGGAGAAAAUGAAUGAAGUUAAUCAGAUAAUUCGUGAAUUAUGGAGAACAACUUACCGAGGAAACGACAUAGACCACAUAAAGAUAUGCAGUGAGGAGGAGUCCCCGACGACCAACGCGAAUGCAAGCAGCACUCGGCGGACGUACAAAUACCGCGUCGUGAUGGUUAAAGCAGACUCGAGCACAGUGAUGACGGGCGGCGGUAAGCAGGCUCGUCUAGCCUCCACGGAGACGCAGCUGGACAUGCGUGGUCGUUGUUCGGCCGGUCAGAAGGUACUCGCCAGUCUAGUGAUUCGACUGGCCCUGGCCGAGGUCUUCUGUCUCCAGUGUGGCGUGCUUGCAUUGGAUGAGCCCACCACAAAUUUGGAUCGCGAGAACAUUGAAUCGUUAGCUUAUGCUCUCACUGAGAUUAUCAAAACCCGCUCGAGUCAGAGAAACUUCCAACUAAUUAUCAUUACUCAUGAUGAGGACUUUAUUGAGCUGUUGGGUCGAGCGGGCUGUGCUGGUCAUCUUCAGCGUCUUGUUCGAAAUCUCGAGGGUCUCUCAGAGGUCCAGAAGGUUCGAAUGGAGGAUCAGUUCCUUGAAGUUACGUAA